AUGAAAUCUCUGAGAGGACUAAGAAUCCUGAGCACCCUUGCGUCAAAACCACUUCCAAAUCCUCCCUUUCUCUACACUAACCAAAACCUCCUCUCUCGUCUCUUUUCAGCCCAACCUGACCAAAACGAAAGUGAAAAUGACAACAAUGACUCCGUCUUUGACAGCACGCACUAUACAAUUGAUUCUUUUAACGAUAGCAACAACACAAGCAAAGAACCCACCUGGGAUGGUAGAUACAGAGAGAGAGUCGAUAAAUUAGUUUUUAAAAAAGAAUCCCACAAAGGGAAACUGCAAAUUUUGGAGGAACAAGAAGAGGAGGUAGAGGAGCAAAGGAGGAUGCUUUUGGCUAAAGCGUUGCUGGAGGCAGCAUUAGAAAGGCCUGAUGAGGAGGAGGAGGAGGAGGUCAGAGAGGAAGAUCAGAAGUCGCUUUCGGUGGGGAUUAUUGGUGCCCCAAAUGCUGGGAAGUCUGCAUUGACUAAUUACCUGGAGUUUGGAUACUACUUAGAUAGAGUGAAAGAUGGACAAGUUGGCACGUUUACUUUUAUUCUGGAGCGGUACCCUGUCGAGACGAAGGUUUCUGCUGUGUCACGGAAGACAAAUACCACUACUCAUGAAGUGUUGGGAGUUAUGACAAAUGGAGACACUCAAAUAUGUUUCUUUGAUACCCCUGGACUUAUGGUAAAUAACCGUGGUUAUCCUUACAAAGAUGUGAAGACACGUGUCGAAAGUGCUUGGAGUACAGUUGAUUUAUAUGAUGUGCUCAUGGUUAUUUUUGAUGUCCAUAGGCAUCUGACCAGACCUGAUUCAAGAGUGGUUGCAUUGAUAAAAUGCAUGGGAGCACAAGCAAACCCGAAACAAAAGCGGGUAUUGUGUAUGAAUAAGAUUGACUUAGUUGAGAAAAAGAAAGACUUAUUGAAGGUUGCUGAGGAAUUCAAAGAUCUUACUGGAUAUGAUAGGCACUUCAUGAUCUCAGGACUGAAGGGCACUGGAGUAAAACAUCUUUCUCAAUAUUUGAUGGAGCAGGCAGUCAAAAGACCUUGGGAUGAAGAUCCACUCUCUAUGAGUGAAGAAGUUAUGAAGAACAUUGCUUUAGAAGUUGUUCGAGAAAGGUUAUUAGACCAUGUUCAUCAGGAAAUCCCGUAUGGCAUUGAACAUCGGUUGAUGGAUUGGAAAGAAUUAAGAGAUGGUUCUCUGAGGAUUGAACAACACUUCAUCACUCCUAAACUAAGCCAGCGAAAGAUUCUUGUGGGGAAGAAGGGAUCAAAAAUUGGGAGGAUAGGUGUUGAAGCUAAUGAAGAGCUGAGGUCCAUAUUCAAGAGGGAAGUGCAUCUCAUCCUCCUGGUUCGACUAAAAUGA